ACAGGCCAACGUCAACACUGACAUGAACACCAACAUAUGUGAGCUCUGUACCUGCAGGGAUGAGACAUUGUCAUGUGUUGGUCUCAGCCCAGAGAAGAGACUCCGCCGAGUGCCUGUGCAGGAGCCUGAAGCCUAUAAUGGCACCUUCACUGUUUUAAAUUUCCAAGGAAAUGCUAUUUCUUACAUUGAUGAAAAUGUAUGGAAAUCAUACCGUUGGACUGAGAAACUAAUUCUCAGUGAAAAUCAUUUGACCGAAUUACAUAAAGAUUCAUUUGAAGGCCUGCUAUCCCUCCAGUAUUUAGAUUUAUCCUGCAAUAAAAUCCAAUCUAUUGAAAGACGUACCUUUGAAUCACUACCAUUUUUGCAGUUUGUAAAUCUUGGUUGCAAUUUACUCACAGAACUGAGCUUCGGAACGUUUCAGGCGUGGCAUGGAAUGCAAUUUUUACACAAGGUAAUUCUCAAUCGUAAUCCUCUGACAACUGUUGAAGAUUCAUAUCUUUAUAAAUUGCCAGCAUUAAAAUAUCUAGACAUGGGAACAACACAAGCCCCACUUACAACAGUCGAGAACAUCCUCAUGACAACUCUUGAGUUGGAAAAACUAAUCUUACCUAGCCAUAUGGCCUGCUGCCUCUGCCAAUUUAAAAAUAAUAUUGAGGUUGUCUGCAAGACAGUGAAGCUACAUUGUGAUGCAUGUAUGGGAAACAGCACAGAAGAUUGUUUUGAAGAAGCAAGCGUAGGAAAUGCAGAGGGACCGCUCAUGAAGGUAUUACAAGCCCGGAAGAAGCACACCAGCACCGAGCUGACCAUUGAGCCAGAGGUAUCCGCAAGUAAAACUGCUGUCGGCUUAUCGGGUUUCCCAGGUGAUCAAUUUGAAAUGCAGCUAAACCAGCAGCUCCGAUCCCUCAUCCCCAACAACGAUGUGAGAAGGCUCAUUUCUCACGUUAUCCGGACUUUGAAAAUGGACUGCUCUGAGACCCAUGUGCAACUGGCCUGUGCCAAGCUCAUCUCUAGAACAGGGCUCCUGAUGAAGCUUCUCAGUGAGCAGCAAGAAGUAAAAGUAUCCAAGGCAGAAUGGGAUACGGAUCAAUGGAAAACUGAUAACUACAUCAACGAGAGCACAGAAGCCCAGACUGAACAGAAAGAGCAGGAGUCAAGUGAGCUCACUAAAGGAGUUCCAGGAUAUGGCUAUAACAACAAACUCAUCUUGGCAAUAUCUGUGACUGUAAUAGUGAUGAUUUUGAUUAUAAUUUUCUGUCUCAUUGAGAUUUAUUCUCAUAGAAAAGCAGCAGGGACAGAUGUAGAAUCCUCAAGCUCAAAAGGCUCAAGGAGGGAUAUGUACAGACCUCUCAAUGCCACACGCAAGAAAAACAUGGCACAGAAGCUGCAUGACAAGGAGUCUUCUGAUGAGGAAGAGAUUUACAAGAAGGAUGCAGGGGAGCCCACAUCAACAGCAACACCUGCAGAGUCGGCUGCUGAAGGUGGUGAAAGUGAGACCGCGCCAGAGGGGGAGGACGUAGAGUGA